GCCCAGAACCAACAAAACAAUCGAUCCGCAACAUGGCCAACAAAGUCCUCGUCCUUCUCGCUGUGCUCUUCUGCGCCCAGGCCGUUCUCGGCGUGACCAUCAUCUCCAAGUCGGAGUGGGGCGGUCGCUCGGCCACCAGCAAGACCACCCUGGCUAGCUCCCUGAGCUACGCUGUGAUCCACCACACCGCCGGUAACUACUGCUCCACCAAGGCCGCCUGCAUUACCCAGCUGAAGAACAUCCAGAGCUACCACAUGGACUCCUUGGGCUGGGCCGAUAUUGGCUACAACUUCCUGAUCGGCGGCGAUGGCAACGUGUACGAGGGUCGCGGCUGGAACGUGAUGGGUGCCCAUGCCACCAACUGGAACUCCAAGUCCAUUGGCAUCUCCUUCCUGGGCAACUACAACACCAACACCCUGACCUCCGCCCAGAUCAGUGCCGCCAAGGGUCUGCUCUCCGACGCCGUUAGCCGUGGCCAGAUCAUCUCCGGAUACACCCUGUACGGACAUCGCCAGGUCGGUUCCACCGAGUGCCCCGGCACCAACAUCUGGAAUGAGAUCCGUACCUGGUCCAACUGGAAGGCCUAAAUGCUUUCAAGAAGUGUCUUUUUAAAAAUCAUAA